AAAAAAACGCAGUGGAAGAACACAGUUGCCCGGCGAAGAGACCCCGUCCCCACUCUCGUGCCUAGGUUUUCUUCCUUUUUCAAAGAGCGAUACACACAUCACAUCGACAUUGGCAUUGGAAAUUGUACACGAUGGGAGAAGAGAAGCGGCACCAGAUGAUGCAGAACCUCUUCGGCGAUCAAUCGGAGGAAGAAGAAGAACUCGAUUCCGAACACGAAUCCAAUCCCCAACUCAAUUACCCCUCCGUAACACCCCAUUCCCCAAUUUCACCCCCCUAAUUCCUUCCCUAUCUGCAUUUCCAAGGCCGCGUUUGGCCCUCUAAUUUAUCACCUUUUUCGUUUUUUAUUUUCAGGACGAGGGCGAGGGAGGGGGAGAGCAAGAGGGUGAGGGCGAAGUGGAGGGUCAAGGAGAGGUUGAAGUAGAGAGCGAAGUUGAUGGAGAACCUGACCCUGGCGAAAGCGAGGGUGAGAGGGAGCAAAGUUCGCAAGAGGUUGAAGUCGAAGUUGCCGAGAGAGAAGAGAGCGAGGCUAGAGAUACCGAUAGUGAUGCUAAAGAAGACGGUUAUAGCCAGCGUGUUGUCACUAGCAAGCGUAGAGACGACGUCGUUGAGAGUGGAUCUGAAAGGUCAGAGGAGAACCACUACACUCAUCACGACGAUGAGGAAGAAGUCGAUGAAGCUCGAAGCCCCAGUGGGUCACCCAGAGAGGAAAAAGAUCAGAUUCGUGACAUGCAUUCGGCCCCUGAAAUUCGUGAUGUAUUUGGUGAUUUUGAUGAUGAAGAAGAGGAAGAUAUGGGGUAUGCAGUUCAGCAGGACAUUGAACAAGAUUCAAAUAUAUCCUGUGGAGGAGGAAGGAAGUUAUGGAAAGAGCCUGAGACCAGAAGAUAUACUUGCUGACGAAGAUCAUCAAUAUGAAUCAGAGGAGGAAAACAUUGAGAUGAAGACUAAAGAGAAGCCACUUGGGCCCCCAUUAGAGUUAGAGAUUCCAUUACGACCACCUCCAGCUCUUCCAGAAAAGAUGAACAUGAUUAAAGUUUCCAACAUUAUGGGUGUUGAUCCAAAACCGUUCGAUCCUAAAACAUAUGUGGAAGAGGACACCUAUGUAACUGAUGAAUCAGGAGCCAAAAAACGUAUACGCUUGGAGAACAAUAUUGUCCGCUGGAGGACUACUAGAAAUCCUGAUGGCACAACAUCGUAUGAAAGCAAUGCUCGUUUUGUGAGGUGGUCUGAUGGCAGCCUUCAGCUAUUAAUUGGUAAUGAAGUUCUUGACAUAUCAGUGCAAGAUGCACAACAUGAUCAAGCACAUCUUUUCCUUAGACAUGGAAAGGGAAUCCUCCAAUCACAAGGAAGGUUAUUAAAGAAAAUGAGGUUUAUGCCAUCUUCCUUGUCAUCUAACUCUCAUCGGCUGUUGACUGCUCUUGUUGACUCGAGGCAUAAGAAGGUUUAUAAGGUUAAAAACUGCAUUACUGACAUUGAUCCUGAGCGAGAGAAAGAGGAGAAAGAGAAGGCUGAGAGUCAAACAAUCAGGGCUAAUGUACUGCUUAACCGUAAACGCGAAAAGGUCAACCGAAAAUAUACUCCAGCUGUGGACAGGAGGCGCCAACUUUCUCCUGGGUUCUUGGAGGAUGCUUUGGAUGAGGAUGAUGAAGCAGAUUAUUAUGAUUCUCGUCGUUCUCAGCGCCGCUUUGAGGAUGAUUUGGAAGCGGAAGCCCGAGCAGAGAAACGAAUUAUGAAUGCUAAAAAGUCGCAGGGCCCCAAAGAUAUCCCUCGUAAAUCUUCCUUUCCACUUGCUAAAUCCUCCCAGCACCCAAUGGGUUACCCUGAUGAUGAGAGAGAGGAGUCUGAGUAUGAAACUGAUGAUGAGGAAGAUGAGAGGCUUCCUUCACGUAAGAGGGAUGAGGAUACUGAGCCAGAGUAUGAGGAUGAGGAAGAAGAGGAAGAACACUAUGAAGAAGUGGCACAAGUUAAUGAUGCAUCGGAUGAGGAGGAAGAGGAGGAACCAAAGCAAAAGAGCAAGGAGUUUAGAGGCAGUGCUAAAAGGAAGGGAUUUGAAUCUGAUGAGGACUCUCCUCCAAGGAAAACAACCACCCACCGGAGAAUGGCAGUUGUGUAUGAUAGUGAUGAGGAAUGAGUUUCUCCGAACCAGAUUUUCAUGGAUCUUACAAUCAGAAUUGGGAAGAACUAUGUGCAUACAGUGCAGCUUUGGGAUAUGCAGCAAAGGCUGAGAUGGGUUAUAUGUUUUCUCUCUUUCUUUAUUUUUCUUGCAUAUCUAAACAUCAAUAUUUCAUCCUUACACAUAAGGGGCCUGACACACUAAUACUUAUUCUCAGGUCAUAAUAUCUGUUGUUGACUGUCUUGCUAAUGGUCACCUGAUCAGUGUAAAUAAGUUUUUUUUUUUUUUUUUGUAAUUUCCAUUCCCAAAUCUUUCCAAAAUAAAAGAGCUAUUUCUUUGUAAUGAUUCAUGGUAACAUUCAGAUAUUUUUCCCAACUGAAAGUAGUUGAAGAACCUUAAAAUUUCAGUUCCUAUGAGCAGAGCAGAAGACGAGUUU